CGUUAUUUGGUAUUAUUAUUAUUAUUAUUAUUGUUAGUAGUAGUGAGUAAAUAAUAAUUAUCCACUAACUCAUAAAUCUCUAUAAUACAGAGUAACCGUGCAAUAGUGUAAUGUAAAUCAUGACGACCUAACUAUAACAUUUUCUUCAGUUGUUUGGCCAGAAGCAAUUCCCUGUUUCUUGUUUUACAAGUUCAUGUUUACAUUUGGAUGAGUUUUAAAAAAAACAGACACGCACUUCCGGCCGUUUCCUCUGAAACUUCCUUAGCCUUAUGCUACUUUCUCACGGACCAUAAACCUAAUCUUAAGAAACGUGUUCAUAUUUAAAGUCGUUCAUCCUUUUUUGUUUGUCCCCCAAGUGGGAUGUCUACUUGUAUCCAGAAUGCAGAGCGGAACAGGAGUUUACUACCAGGCAAUGCCUGCAGUGGGACCUGAUGGGAAAAAUGUGAUGAAGUUGAUUCCGGUUAAGAAAGUGAACGGCCGCUUUGUUCAAAUGCAGGUUCCUUCCAGAAAUGUCUGUCAACCUGCUCACAUGUCUCCCGUUCCUUCACCCCAGAACCGAAUCCCAAUGCUUCAGCCAACAGCAGAUGGACGUUUCAUCUUAAAAACCCCACUAGAAGUGAAUACUGUAUUUAAUUCGGUAAAAAGUCAGCACAGGGGAUCUAAUGUCUUAGCACAGUCCCCUGCCAACCAAGUACACGUCCCGCUGAUCACCCAGAACAUCACACCAACUGUAUUGCAAUCACCCAUUCAGACUAAUAACAAGGCUGUAAUCGUUACAAACAGCCCGCAGCUGCCGAGCACUGUGAAACCAUCAGCACUUCCUAGUGGACAUUAUCUUCAGAUCCCAUCGAAUGCCACGGUUCGAACCCUCCCUGCAUCUGCACUCCCAUCGUCUAUCAAGAACAGAAUAUGUCACUCCACAAAUGACACUACCCCCUUGAAGGGAUUACCAAUGGUUCUGUACGUGUCUCCGGUCAGCUCUCUGAAAUUAGACAAACAAGUGACAUGUCUCGCAAAGCCGAGUGAGGUUCCUAAGACUUUGGGUCACACGUCUACUGCAAGUGUCGUGAAAAGCCCGGAGGAAUCUCCCAGAGGCAGUCAAGGGGGCACCGCUCCAAUGAAGUGGGUUGUUGAAGAGAGGGCAGGAAGCAGUGCUCCAUACCUCAUACCUGUGACCUCACCCACCAUGUCCUCAGACAUCUUAACUGCAGUCAAGCACAUGGAAUCAUCAAGGAUUCCAAACCAGGUCGCAAAAGAACCAGAGUCUACUAACAUCAGCAAAGAAACAGUUUCUCCAGGGAAUAACAAUGCCCUUGUAAUGUGCAACGGUAAAGUUUUCUUUGUGGCUAAAAAAAAUUCUGACGGCACCAAGGACAUGAUCACUAAUUCAGAAAGCAAGCUGCACUCCAGAAAAUCUGCCCAGGCCCCUAUUACUCCAUCAGCUACUUCGAACCAAAGUCAAAUGCAAGACCCAAAAAGCCCUGUAGACAACAUAAAGUCAAGCGAUAUCAUUGAUUUGUGUGAUGAUGAUGAAGAGAGCUCGUCUUGCACUUCAUCUGGGAGGAUAAUUAUACCAAAUGAUUCAGUGAGUGAGCAUGAAGAAGACUCUAAUGUGAUAUUUGUGUCAUACAUUCCACCGAAGACAUCAGAAAUCGAGAUCGUCAAAGAAGGCACAGAGACAGGAUCUCUGAUUAGUUGUGAAAAAGACACAGACGAUACAAAUUUAGACACAGAAAGCAAGGAGACAUGCAGCAAACCAAACAGUACCUGUGCAGCUAAGUCGGAUGCAAGUAAAUGUGAAGUCGUGCAUGAGAACGCACCUGCUCUUGGAGGAAACCAAGCACUGGCGGAAAACCUGGAAGUAGUUUGUGGUCAACAACCCAACGUUACUGAAAAGUCUUUCAAUGAAGUAGUUCCAGACCAAACCCAUCAGCCUAAAAGUGAUUCCGAGCUCAGAAGGACUUAUGGGAUUACCUCGGAUUUAAGUGUUUCCUUACAAAAGAUAUACAUGUCUAAGGAGUCACAGGCACAGGAAGGUUAUCCACAGAAUGAGAAACGGUUAAUUAACAAACGUACACUGGACGGCAUCCGCAAAUUGAUUCGCGAUUCAAAGAUCGAGACAAAAAUUAAACGGCUGAUUGAGACAAAGGUGCCGGCCUGCAAAAGAAAACGAUUGGAGAGGAAUGAAGAAAAAAAUGGUACAGAACAAGAAGCCCCAUCCAUUAGCGAUGCUUGUAAAGUAUCAGACACAACCAGCAAUCUCCCCUGUUCUUCCUCCUUGCCUGAGCCUGUAAAUCAUUCUUCCGAGUGUCAAAGUGACAGUCCAGCUUGUUGUUCAGGGUUACGGAAAACCCCACCUCGUUCAAGCAAGGGAUGUCGGAGAGUGUGCACUGCAUGUCCUUGUGGAACUAAGGUAGGAGGAGUGGCUGGAAAUUCACCAUCUAAACCACGAGAACAGGUGACUCCCUGUUCUAGUGUUACUUCAUCAAAAAGCAUUUCUAGUGAGUCAGACAGAGAUGUGAAUACAGCUGACGGACUGACAGAUUCGCUUUCAAACAAGAACAGCGCUUCAGGAAAGUCACGAGACAAAACGAAACAUUGCAGCCAGUCGCAUGUCAGUAAGGAUGUUAAAGGUACUUUGUCCACUGCUACCAUUUCAACAAGUCAUCCUGGUGGUCAACCAGCAAUGACAGAAACCUGCAGCAGCAGUUCAAAGCACACACAAGAUAAGACUUGUGAUAAAUCUACAAGCAGCCAGUUAGAAACAGGCACUGAGAUACCAAACCCACUGAAGGAUGUGAGGAAGAUUUCAUCCUCAAUUGAACAGUUACAGUAUACCAGUUACAAAAUACCUGAUGAACUGUACUCCUCUGUACUGCUGGACCCAGAAGAGAUAAAACGGCAGGAGAGAAUCAAGCGCCUUAAAGACCUUUUACAGGAGAAAGAAGCUGCACUUGAGAAGCUAAGGAGGAGCAUGUGAGAGCAAUACAAGUCCAGUUAUGCACACUAACAGUUUUGUGAUGUACCUCAGCGUCAGUAAGUUUUUCUGAAAGUAUACAUAUGUUUAUAUAUUAAUUGUGUUUUUGUUCAUACAUUUUGUUAUACAUGAGAAUGUAAAAUAAACUAGUUCAUGGCUUCAUUUUACAGUUCUAAAUUAUUAAAAAUUUCAAAAGAUCUGUACAGCUUUGUGACUUAAACUUUAUAUGCAUAUUUCUGAAAGCUUGUGCACACACACUAUGUGCUAUGAAAAAGUAUUUGUAUUUUUAUUUUUUUUUAAUUUGCAUUUUUGUCACACUCAAAUGAUUCAGAUCAUCAAGCUAAUUUGAAAAUUACAAACUAUCCUUGACCCCCCCCCCAUGCUAAAUAAUAAAUUAACUCUAAUUUUUGAAAAGCUGAGUUAAAUUUCACUUACCACACCCAAGUCUGAUUACUACCAGGAUUUUUGGAUCAAGAAAUCACUUAAAUAGAACCUGUGUGACAAAGUAAAGAUUCGAUUUAAAGUCAUUCAAUUAAAGAACACACCAAAACGAAGCUAUUGACAUGUAUCAAUCUGGAAGGGGUUACCAAGCCAUUUCUAAGGCUUUGGAACUCCAGCGAGAGCCAAUAUCCACAAUUGGAGAAAAACUGAACAGAACAGAACAGUGGUUAACCUACCCAGUAGUGGCCGGCCUACCUAAAUUAAUCCAAAAACACACCAAUUACUCAUCCUGGAACAACCCAGAACACCCAGAACAACAUCUAAAGAACUGCAGGCCUCACUUGUCUUAGCUAAGGUUGAUGUUCGUGAUUUAACAAUAAGAAAGAAACUGUGCAAAAAUAGCAUCCAUGGGAAAGUUCCAAGGCUAAAAAAAGUUUUGUAGUGGCCUAAAAAUUUGCCAAAGCCCAAAUUUAAAUUUAAGAUCCUUAAACAAAUUGUUCAUGCUCAAACACCCUGCAAUGUGGCUGAAUUAAAACAAAUCUGCAUAGAGUGGGCCAAAAUUCCUCCACAGCGAUGUGAAAGACUUAUUGCCAGUUGUUAGUAAAUCUCAGUUCAUACAUGGUUUAGCAAGAGGGGCAAUUACUUUUGACAUGGGGACAGGAACCCCUUCUAAAUAAAAUCAUCAUUUAAAAACUACAUUUUAUGUUUACUCUGGUUAUAUUUGUGUAAUAUUAAAAUUUGUUUGAUCUGAAUCAUUUCUGUAUGUGACAAAUAUGCAAAAAAAAGAACAAUACCCAGGGAGAGGGAAAAUACUUUUUCUGGGCACUGUAAUUAAUUUUGCAUGAAAUUAAUGUUGCAAAUGUUUUUGUGAGCGCAGCAUAGCUUAUUUAAAAAGUAUUCUUAAUUUCUUAUAAAGGAGGAAGGAAUUAAUUUUUAUUUUUAUUUCACCUUCCUAAAAUGUCAAAUA